AUGAACCCAGAGAUUCCUGCAGUUCUCGACAGGUAUAAUCUUGCUCGGGAUGGAUCUCAUGUCGAGGUUCAGAACCACCUGGGCAAGGGUUUGUGUGCCCUGGGUAAGGGCAUUGACUUAUUGUUAAAUGGUGACACAACUGUGAUAAAAAAUGAGUUGCUCGAGUAUCUGUGCGAUACCGGCAGAAUUUUGACAAAUUUAUUUCACCGCGAGUCUGUGACGAGGAGAAAUUUGAUUUACCCCUCUCUAAACAAGAAGGUCAAGGAACAGGUGGAGAUUUGUCCACCGUCGUCGUUUCUCUUUGGAGAUGACCUUGGGGAAAAAAUAAAAUUGGCGAAGAAUUUGGAAAGCGUCACUAAAGAUCUAAAGUUGCCAGCAACGGGCCCCCCUUCAGGUCCAGAAUUUAAACUCUCAACGCCCGGUCCGUCGAGGGGGCGAGACGAGACCAUACAAGGGACAGCCUUCGAAGGGAGCACGUUGGACAAAGAAGGGCCAGCAGAGCCAUCCUUAUCACAAACAACGGAGGGAUUAAUAUCGCGGACACCUCCACCCUUUAUCAGGAAGCCUUACCCUGGUGGUCGCGAGGUUAUCAGGGAGGCCUUCAAACGAAAAGGACUACCGGACAAUGCCAUAGAGACUAUUUUCAGCUCCUUAGCUGUUUCCACAGUUAAGCAAUACAACACAACACUUAAACUUUGGUGGGAAUUCUGUGAGGAACAGAAAAUUUCCCCAUAUGAAGGCGAAGUAUUAAAGAUAAUAUCCUUCUUACAAAACCUGCUGGAAACCACGGAAAAUAGAUAUGGAUCCUUCAACUCCCACAGAGCAGCUUUAACCUUAAUCACCUCGGGGAACAUUAGUUCAGAUCCUAACCUCAAAAGGUUUUUGAAGGGGAUAUCUAGAAUUAGACCACAAAGGCCUAGAUAUGAAGCUACAUGGGACCCCCAACAGGUGCUAAAGUUUUUGGGAAGCACCCCUGAUGGCAAUCUAAAACAACUGUUGCAGAAACUGGUGACUUUGCUAGCCCUAGCAACAGGACAAAGGAUCAUUUCAUUUCAUUUCAUUUCAUUUUAUUAUUUGUGAUCUAUACAAUAGUAUUUUCACACGUCAUCAGGUACAAUUACAUAAUAUUAAAAAAAAAAGACAAAGGACACGAGAACAUGAUCACACAAGGUACUGUUGCUUUUAAAACUUAAAUGUUAUCAAAUUUAUCUUUUAAAAAUUCUUCAUAAGAAUAAAAAGCUUUUCGUUUAAGGUAACUAUUUACACAGUUUUUAAAUGCGUGCAAAUCUAAAUAUUUUAUUUGUUUUGGCAAGACAUUGAAAAAUUUCAUGCCGUAAAAUGUAGUGCCAUCUUUGGUCUUGUUUAAUCUAUGAAACGGUAUAUAAAGAUUCUCUUUGUUCCUUGUAUUGUAAGUAUGAAUAUCCGUGCUUACAGUUAGUGUAGUCAUGUGUUCUUUAGUAUAUAUUAAACAUUGCUGUAUGUAAAUGCAAGGUAAUGUCAAUAUAUUUAAUUCGAUAAAACCCUGA